AUGAGGUUGGCUAUAGGUGCACACCUCCACGAUCAGUACUCUUCUUCUUCUCAAGCUUUGGUUUCUAGCACUAAUAGUGUUAUCUUCUCUCUUUCUACACCACCAAAUGUUGCUAAGUUCAUCUCUGUGAAAUUAAAUUCCUCAAACUAUGUCCUUUGGAAAGCACAGUUGGUACCAUUACUGCAUGGGUACAAUUUGUCUCGUUAUAUUUCUGACACUGCCACUCCGCCAUCCCAAUUUCUUGAAGAUAAUAAGCCUAAUCCUGAGUAUGAUCUCUGGACACUCGCCGAUCAGCUCGCAGCUCUUCAAGCACCAGUGUCUGAUGAAACUCUAGUUAAUGACAUUCUUGAAGGGUUAGGCAGUGAGUAUCGUCCCUUUAUUCGGGCCAUCGAGGCUCGGAAUGUUCCAAUUGAAUAUGAUGAUCUUUAUGCUUUAUUGUUAACUGAAGAAACUCAACUAAAAAUGGAGGCGCUAGUUGUAUCCUCUUCAAUUCCACCAUCGGCACAUGUGGCCACAAAGACACCACAUCAACAUGGUGGCAGGUCUCAAGUUCGUGGUCAUAGUAAUAAGCCACCUUAUGGUACCAACUCUUCCUCUACUGCACAAGUGUCACCUAAUAUUGUUUGUCACAAUUGUCGUGGUCAUGGCCACAUUGUAAGGUAG